AUGAAGUUCUCCGUCAUCGCUCUUGCUGCUCUCCUUCCCGCGACGGCCUUGGGCGCAGCAAUGCCAGAAGACGCUGCUCCCACAGUUUACGCGGAACCAGAGGUUCCAGCCAUUGAUCUUGAAUCGCGGGACUUAGAGAAGCGAGCGGUUAGCGGUACUGUCGUGGUAGACGGGCUUCGUUACCGCACCUGUCCCAAGACCUCCUGCAAUGCUGUUGGGCAGUACUCAAAGGGAACCAAGAUCAGCUUGGUCUGCUACACUCGCUCCAACACGACCCCAGUUAACGGCGACAAGGGCUGGGGUAAAUUGACGAAUGGUUAUUGGGUAGCAUUGGCGUAUGGCACAUAUGUUACGUGGAGCAGCCCGCUUCCCGCCUGUUAA